AAUGCACAAGAUCUGGAGCAAAUUCGACGUAGUCGAGGCCGACUUGCUCGCGACAACUUGCCUCAGAUGAGAAGUUUUACAGAACGAGCGGGAGUUAAAGUCAGCCCUUUUUAUAACUGUUGUUUAGUUGGCUUAAUUGAAUUAGCGUAAUUUUUUUGUGUUGUUUCAUGGAAAAUCGGUUUGAUACUACUUUUUUUCAUCCACGUGAUGUUAUUUUACGUGCUUCAGGAGCGUAACGCACAUGCAGGGGACUUUGAUGCAGGCUUUCUGAUCCCCCCCAAAAUAAUAAAUAAUAAUUAAUUACUGCACUGAUCUGAUCUGUCAGGGAUAUAAGAGUGUUGAUUUUGAGAAAUUUUACGAAACUGAUGAGAUUUCUUGGUUCAGGCGUGAGGAUACGACAUGACUGAACAUGCUUUGACAGACCUCUCUUUUUUGGUAACAUUUUGUAGCGUAAAACUACAUGUACUACUCAUGCAGGGAGCAACCUCAAAUCAUACUUUUCCUCAUACACCAAAAGCUGACAUAAGCAGUGUUUGAUGCAGAUAAUCAGGAAAAUGUAUGCAAGAUUUUGGCAACUAUAACCGUUAUGAUUUCCACUAAUUAUCCUCAAAUGAUUACUGUAAAACCACAGGUAGCCCAAGCUCAAAAUAUAAAUGAGCAUUAGCAUUGUUCUUUCGAAGUGUAAUGAUUUGUAUGGGAAAUAAGGGAUGGUUGCUGUAAUGUAUCAAUCAAAUGGAAUCUUCAACAUCCCCUCAACAGACAUACACCAGGCAUUUCACUUCUUUUCUUUCCCAUCCUGAUUUUUUUGUGUUCUGAUUGGUGGGGGAUUGCAUCAUAUUUUGCUAUAAUCACCUAGCUCCGUUGCAGUUGUAUUUGCAGUCGUUGCUUCUCUCCAGUUGGGUGGAGAGAAUAUAAAAGUGACAACUGUAGCCUGUUUAGCAUGGCGGUUUUGUUGAGCCGGGCGCAUGAGUGGCAAAGCCACGAAAUUCAUGUGCGAAGCGCGCAAGAACGAGCGGCAAAGCCACAAGGUGCUCCCGCCCCAAUCUCCUUGCGGUUUCUCUUCCCUCGCCCGCCUUUAUUGCUUAGCGUGCCCAACCAAAACCGCCAUGCUACACAGGCUAUGACAACUGGAAAUAAGUCUGUGUGUCGCUGAAUAAUCCCCUUGACUUUGGCUAUGUUCACUCUAUACCAUAUAGCUUUUGUGUUGGCGCAAAAACCCUACCAGAUGUGGCUUCUGUUCCUACGUAAAAAUAGUGAUUUCAGGAUGAUUUCUGUAACAGAGCAAAGCUGCUCCUCUUAUACCAGAUAAGGUUUUCUUGUUGGCAUGAAAAGCUAUCUGACCAUUAUAGUGUGAAGAUAUCCUUUGUUGGAUAAUUCAGCAAUGUUACCCUUAUCAAAGACAAAUAAUUGUUAAAAAGUUUGAAAGUUGCACAACAGUGCUAGCACUUAUAUUUUAAGCUUGGGUGAUCUGUGUAUAUCGUACACAAAAAUCUGAAAACUUUCCCAAUAUAAGCAUCGCACAUAAUCUCUUUUAGCUGUCUCUUUUGUGUACUUGUUGAAUUAAUUGAUGGAAGGACAGGCAAUUUGAAUGAUGAAUAGACUGACUAAUUAACUGCUAUUUUGUUUUACAGAUGGAAGAUCUGGACAGACUUUCCAUCAUCCACAUUAGUGGUACAAAGGGAAAGGUAUUUACUUUUUUAAUAAUAUUGCAGCCAUUCAUGCAUUUUAGAAGACAUAGAGCCUAUCUCAGAAUAAACAAUAUUUAGCGUUACAAGUAACAGUGAAUACAGUCAAAACAUAGUAACAUACCGACCAUUCUGACAGACUAGGGCUUUUUCUCUUGUCCUGGUGGAUUUGUUGUAGAUAAAAAUUAGUGGCUUUCACAACCUUUAAAGGGAAGGAUAAGCAAGUAAGUGCACUCACAUAAAAUGUAAAAUGUAGAACAAGAAAAAAAUUGUGAAUGUAGAAUGCAGAAUUUUCUUACUUUUCUAACUUUUUUCCUUUGCUUUUUACAUUUUUUCAUGUGUAUUAAACACAUUAUUUUGUGCAUGUACUUGCCUGUUUUCCCAUAUAAAACAAUCAGGUUCCCUAAAAGCAAAAAAAUCUGCUCUCAUGUUACACCAUUUUUUCCUUUGUCUCCUGUGAAUAAUUAGGGCUCCCCAAACUUCAUUACUGUGUUUGUCACCAUUCCCUGGAGAUUUUCCUCUUGUUGAAUUAAAAACUUUUUUCUUUAUUCUAACUGGUUUCUGACUGAAAAGGUCUUGUGUUGUAGGGCUCAACUUCUGCAUUUUGUGAGAGCAUGCUCCGUCAUAAAGGCUUCAAAACUGGAUUUUACAGGUAAGUUGCUAUCAAAUGUUUUGGUGUACAAAUGCAUUUCACCUUAACCCGUUAAGUCCUCAAGUGACCAACAUAAAUUUUCUCCAAACAAUUUCAUUAGAUAAUCUGGGUGAAAGAUAGUCUGCUACACAGCCGUUUUUUAGUGUCGUCACGCAACGCACCUCCCCACUAACGGCUGCUGAAAACCGAACGACGACAGCGACGACUGAUUGAUUUGUCGAAAACUGAGAAUUGUGCUCGCUUCCUAGCGCCCCGCGGCUCUCGUAUUGUCAAACUUCUUUUGCAUGAUUGGCUUGUUCGUUAGACCACAAACACAAAGGGAAAGGAAUGUAGUUUGGUUUUCAGCAGCCGUUUGUGGGGAGGAGCAUUGCGUGACGACACUAAAAACGGCUGUGUAGCAGAUUAUGAAAAUUGAUUAAAUGAUCUCCAGAGGGACAGUGCUUCAAUGAUUUCUUAUCAAAUUCUCUUAAAUAAUAAUUCUUAAUGAAACUAGUUGGAUAGCUGUCUAGAAUGUGGAUAGCGGGGCAGAACUGACUUACAGUUUUGCUUUUUGUCUUCCUUUUCCCACUGGUUGACUUUUGUUCAAACAGGUAUGUUUUCUGAUUAUGUGGGGCUGGGUAGGGGGAGGGGGUGAGUAAUGCAAAAUAUUGGUCGUCUUGGCAUGUGCUGCUGUGAAGGGUUUGGUUUUCAAGUACAAUCUUGGUCUGGGAUAGGAUAUAGAAGUCAGUGAGUCUUUUUUCCAGGAAAUUGGUCAGUUGGUUGAAGAUUUUAGUCUAAACUAGGAAAACCGCGAAUUGACACUCAGCAAAUUAGCAGAUUUACCCACAACCCAUAUUAAUAACUUAAUAUUUUACAAUGAAAGUAUCAACCUCAAUAGUUUUGAAAGAUAGUGACUCUAGGAUAAUACUUGGGUAGCAAAAUUCAGCUGAACCAGGUGUGGUAAUAAGCUGAGGGUUCUGGGAUCCCAACAGCACAUCCCCUCUAAAAAGAACCUCCACCCCAGGGUGUGUGGCCUAACUUAACCAAGUCUAUCCCUGUGAUGUCUUACUCCUUCGUAGUGAGCCUACCCUAAGAGACACUGACCAUCUACUGUUUUUGUUUCUUGUCUCUGUGUGUUGUAGCUCACCACAUUUGAUGGAAGUCAGAGAGAGGAUCAGAAUAAAUGGCAAACCACUUGCCAAAGACAAGUUUGCAAAAUACUUUUUUGACUGCUGGGAUAAUCUUCAUAAUAAUGGUGAUGUAAGUGGCCAAAAGCUCUUAUCCACUGUCCACAUAAUCAUACAAGCUCAGGGUCACACAUUUUUCCAGGCUGUCAUUUAUUAUUGGAGGGGUCCUAUCUUGUGCACUUCUAUGAAAUUUACUUUUGGAAAGUGCACCCUUAGUAUACAGGGAAUCCUUUGUUUUUGGUUCAUUUAAUUUCUUGAAAUUUGCAUACUGUUCUGUACAAGUCAUAUGAUUGCUUGUCAACAGCUUAAUCAAAACAUAGGUCAAUGUGGAAAAUACCAUAAUGUUUUUAAAACUGCUGUUUGUUCUUUACACAAACUGCACAUGCAAUAGCCUGAAAUUUCCAAAAAUACCAUUGUAAUCUACAAUCUUCAGGUAAUAAACUUCUUUGAAGGGUAAUGAAAUUAUUAUUAUUAUUCUGGCCUUCUUUCAUGUUAAAAUGCAAUGGAAUUCAGAGUAAGUGUGGGAAGAUUGCUCUAGAAUUAAUCAAGGUUGUUCUAUGAUUUAAGAAACGUUCUAGUUUACUUCUCUUAUCAUUUGUAGACAAACUCCUGUGGACAAAAGACACCACUUUUCAUGAAUAAAUUUUUUUAUAUGCAAAAAUGAAACCUAUGAGUCAAAGAGCAGCAUAGUUUUAUGUCUUGAGCUCAAUUGAUAUAACAUGAGACUGGAACUGUUAAUGUGUCAGCUAAUUUUUAUUUAUACUCAUCUUGUAGGAUCAGGGGAACACCACUAUGCCAGCAUACUUUAGAUUCUUGACCCUGGUGUCCUUUCAUGUCUUCCUCCAAGAGAUGGUAAGCUGUUUGAUGGAGUCAGUCUGGCUGAGUGGUUAGAGUACAAAGUGCUGGACUUGCAAUUUGGAGCCCUGAAUCCAAGUCCUGCUCUGAGAGCUAGCUAGAUUUUUUCUCAGUAGUCCCGAGUUUAAAUCCUGGGCCACACUUGGUUUGCCUUUGGCCAGUUAGGAUUCUCGACCCUGUUAAGUUUGAUUUAGAUUAUUUGUUUCAGGCAUUUGCUCACCCCACUAGCAUUACUGCCAUAAAUUCUGCUGAGGGUAAUUAAUGAAAUUAUUAUUAUUUGCUAGAACUAAUUUUCAAAUACAACAUAACAGGAUUAAAAACCUGAACUGGCAGGAGGCAACCAUUUGGCUGUUUACAAACGUGGCCGAGGAUUCAACUCGGGACAACCGAGAACAAAUCCAGCAAGUGGUUGCAGCGGGACAACCUGGGACCUUCGAAUUGCGAGUCUGGCGCGCUGACCACUCAGUCAUGCUUCCUCAUUAUUAUAUUAUUAUAUUUUUAGGAGAAAUUUGAUGUUGGUUGGUCUUGGGACUAAUAAGGUCUCUGCUCUCAUUUUUUCUUGCAAGGAGUUCAUUCAGUUAUGGCAUGAUUUAACAGCUUAGCAUGUAAAAGUUACACCGUUAAUAUUGUUCCCUUUGCUUAAAAGGUUGAUGUUGCCAUUGUAGAGGUUGGGAUUGGAGGUGCUUAUGACUCUACAAAUAUUAUUCGGUAGGUGCUAUAAAUAAAUGGUAGCAAUUUCAGGGUCCGAAAUUAACUUUUUAAUAGGGGCGCCAACUGGCGAUCAAGUAUAAAUUUUUGGUCGCCAGAGGGCAAAUUGUGGUCGCCAAAAAUUCCCCCUCCCUUUUUUUCAAAUAAAAGUUAAACACGAAUAAAAAAUGCAUGGUAUGGGCGUUUUUAUGCUCAAAAAUUGCACUACUUUCGCUCUCGAUACCAGAAAGCAACCGUACGUGUAUGAGUGAAGUCUUAUUUUUUCCACAAAUUACUUCUUGGAGAUAUAAAGCUAUCUAACCUAGAACACAGGAACAGAAAGCUGUCUGCCCAUGACUGCACUGAUCAUAUCAAAACUCUAUUUUCUUCCGAUAACUACCACGAAACACGAAACAUAAACACGAGUCAAGCUUGAGUCAAGCUUAGAGUCAAGCCGCCUUGUUGCUCGUACCAGGCCACAACUGUGCCACAUUACUCGUACCAGUCCACAAAGUACAUAACGUACUUACCGUAUUUCAGCUGAAAACAACAUGGCGCCUUGGAAACGUUCAACUCGUAUUGAUCGUAGCUGUUGUGGAGGUAUUAUUACAACAAGAUUCGUUUCACUUUUAAUUAAAAAAUAUCAGCAGGACAAAAAGUAAGACACCUGUUGGCAAAUAGCUUUGAGGUUUCAAUUCUUAAUCAGUUUCUCCGAACGUUAAAGUCCACAAUAACAACCAGCUUUACAAGUCGCUAGCUGGCGACCAGCUAUGAAAUUCUGGUCACCAGGACUAAAUUUUUAGUCGCAUUGGCGACCAGGAAGGCGCAAUUUCGGACCCUGAAUUUAAUACCUUCCAGUCUGCCUCUCAUGAUAUCCAACAGGGUUAAGAAAUGCUGACCUCAAACAAGCUACAAUCAUUGGAUUAUAAUGUGAUUAACCAGCUAGAAACAUAAUGUGCCAAGGGAAUUGUGAAAUGUGUUUGUUAAAAGAGGUAAGGUAAAGUGUGACUGGUAUUCCUUUGUCAAGGUUAUAUUUGGAGUUUGUUAUAUCCAUGUUUCACUGUAUAUACGUAAAGCCUUUGACACUCUGAAUCCCUUGAAAACAUAACUUUAAAAGCUAUUUCUGUUGUCUUCCUUAAUAAACAAAUAAACUUUCCUACCAGCACCCUUAAGCUCCAUGAACCAUCAUGUGGCUUAACUACCUUGUACCAAUGUGCUUUCCCACAGGAAGCCUGUGGCAUGUGGAGUAACAUCACUAGGGAUGGACCAUAUCAAAAUGCUAGGUGGAACAUUGGAAAGUAUUGCCUGGCAAAAGGCUGGAAUAUUCAAGGUA